UUGCGGGUAACUACGGUACAAGUUUCGGAUGUUGCCAGCUGAGACAGCCCUGAUACCGCGCUAUGUAUUUUAUUUUAAUCUUGCCGCAAAAAAUACGUCCCCAAAAAUACAAAGUCCUUCCUCACUCUUCUUCCCCGCAAGAGAUACAACAUUUGAACGUUAUAGUUGCCAUUAUAUUUCGAAAAUAUUUCCAUAGUCAUGUCCGUUUCCGCGUCUGAAGCAGACAUAGUCUUCAAUAGAGCAAAUGUAGCCCUAGCACGUAGCCAGCGUCUCGUCGCAUCAUGGCUACCCCCCAAAACCGCCGAAGAGAUUGCCAACACAAAAACCGAGGAGGAACUCCAGCGGGAAGAGGAUGAGAUAUUCACCCCCGUUCCAGAUAAACUAGGACUUGGCGCCCCCCUCCCCAAAAGCCAGCAAGACGGUAGCUCCAACCGCACCGAGCUCAGCUCUAACGAGAAACUCCGCAAACAGCUCCUGGGCAAGAAUUACAAGAAAUUUACCCCAAGCGUGCCGGUGACCGGUUCUCGACCGCUGCCGGAUACGAAGCUGAAACACCAUCAACGACACCAACGUGCAAAACCCCAACCGGAAAGCGAUGACGAUGACGAGGAUGAAGGACGGUCUUCGCUGGGUAGGAAUAAGAGGAAGAGGGUGAGGACAGGGGUUGAGGGGGGUGAUGAAGUCACUACAACUACAGCUACAAAGCCCGCAGCUGGCAACCAUAAUGACAACGGCGACGACAAUCAAUCGGACGAUGGAAGUGCACAGCGCAGCACGCAGCGGAAGAAACCUGUUAGUUACCUCGAUGAGCUAUUAGCGGAGCGAUCGAAGAGGAGGAAGAAGAAGAAGAAUAAAGAAUAAGAAGCAGUCGUACUAGCAGGAGUGCUACAAGCUUCCAUCCAGCUAUAAGCUCCGCGAAACGAGACGAGACGAAAAAGGGAAAAAGGUGCAUGUACAUGCAUGGAUAUAUCCCGUUUCAGCUUCUUUAUUUCGCGGCUUAAUGUUUUGGAAAGAAUCGGAUCUUUCCCCAACGCAUAUCGAAGAAUAGCCGGUUUUACCCAGUACCCAGUACCCCUUAAGGACGCAGUACCCAAGGUCCCAGCCGCCCCUAUGUCAAUCAGUCGUCGAAGGGCCUAUUGGAAAAGGACCGGGGAUCCAAAAAUCAAAAAUCCGAAACCAAGGGGAAAGAACAACCAAAACAGUAUCUACUUGGUGACGCCCAUCCACCUCCCUCGGCCAGAACUGGAGCAGGGCCAGUGGUAGACCCAAAGCACCCAGCGGAAGACGAGAGGAAGAGGAAGAGGACCAGUGUACAUGGGGGAGACACGAAAAGGCGAACCAUAUCGUUUUCAUGGACGGGCGGACGGUCGGACGGUCGGUCGUCUGAUAUCGCCAGCGGGGCAUGCGCGUUCAGUUGCUGCUAGGCAUGUAUAUAUGUAUAUAGAGAGAGGAUUGGCCCAUGUCACGCGCAGUAGUCAGAUGAAUUGACUGUAAAUAAAUGAAAGUUGAAAUAAAAUAUAAAAAAUAAUUAAAUAAAUAAAUACAUGGGUUAAAAAUAUGUCUCUCCAUACAUCGUGCUCCCCAGAUACCUAGGUACAUGUGCAUGUACAUUACAUAUCAG